UGUACUUGUCAUUCAGACAUCCCAGGAAUUCUACACGACUAGCCAGCCAGCACGACACAACAAGGACGUUUUGAGUUAAAACUGCGUCCUUGUCACCGAGGAACGUCAAGCAAUAGUCUUUACCCAUUUAAAGAAGGAAAUUGUGGCGGAAAAACGGCAGCUGAGGGUUCUGCUGCAGCAUGCAGAUGUGAGCUCAGACAUCAAAGAUCCUGUGCUAUCACUGCAACUCUGGACUGGUGAAAUCCUCUUCAUCCCUCUUCAUCGUCAUCCUACAUGCUCGUACAUGAAAAGAGGGGAGAAACCCGAAGGAUACCGGCAGAGGAGACCCAAAACGUUUCCCGUCACGAACUACAGUGGCAACAGCCAACAGAUGCUGCAGGAAAUACGGAACAGCCUGCGCAACCUGUCGAAACCGUCAGACCCACCUAAAGUGGACACUGGUGCACAAGGGAAGAUGCUUCCAGAGGAUUCAAGGCAACUGGGGCGCAGCAACAACCCCAAAAACCCUCACCACAAAACCUUACAGGAGAUCCGCGAGGCCCUCAUGCCUUUUAAAAAUGAGCCCAACACUUCAGGCUUGCAGCGAGAACCCCGUUUUGCAGGGCUCGAGGAGCCAAGCAUCAGUCACGGUGUAGGGCCGGCUACAGACUACAUGGGUAAGGUUGUUUCCAACCCCAGCUCUGCAGGCCUCAAACCCCCAGAGUCUUCUCACAUCCAGCCGGCUGUCCUGAGGAGGUCGAGCUGGAAGGGCUCUAAGGAAGGAAUGAUGUACCGAUCCGACAGCCCUGGACCGCCUCCUGCCUUCCCACAGGGCCACCCUACAAACAACCAGAGGGUCACACCUCCACCAAACCGCGGUGGCAUGCCUUCUGCGUCAUCCUGGGACAGCAACCCAUCAACUAAGCGGUACUCUGGAAACAUGGAUUACCUUGUGCCACGCAUUUCUCCAGUACCCCAGGGGCCGUGGCCUGAUGGGUACAGCGCAGCACCUCAGAAUCAACGUGGGAUCAGCCCAGUGCCCAUGGGCCACCAGCCCAUCAUAAUGCCAAGCUCUGGGGGCAAUAAGUUCACCUUUCCCCCUAGCUGGACUCAGAGUGGCUCCUCUCAGCAAGACUACAUGACAGGGGGCAGCAGACAUCCCCCUCCUCCGUACCCGGUCAACCAGAGUAGCCGGCACAGUCCCACUGACCAGCAGACAGGAGGACCUGCAUCCUCGCCUUCUUACCACAAUGGAGGGAAUAUCCCUCAGUCCAUGAUGGUUCCCAACCGGAGAAGUCACAACCUUGACUUGCACAUAGGUCUUCCUCAGUCCUGGUCCAGCCAGCCCCAACCUUCCUCUGGCAACGGCAGCAACCAGGACCGCUCUCCAUCAUGGCAACAGAACAUGCCAGUCCGCUCCAAUUCUCUCAACAGCCACCAGCUGAAUAGCAGAUCUACUCACCCGACCAGCUCACAGCCCUCUGCCACCACAGUCACUGCCAUCAUGCCGGCUGCCAUUCUUCUGCUGGAGAAAAGCACCCGUGUCCAGAAAGCCGAACUGCACACUGCUGUCGCUCCCACACAUCCUACAUGGAAACCGCAGGUUGCACCACCUCCUGCUGCGCCUGCCUACCUAGAACCCGCAGGUACAGUCCCGCAGGUCGUAUCUGAAGCACCUGACUACCACGGACCUCCUCCCCCUUACCCUAAGCACCUCCUCCAACAGCAGGCUGCACCCAGCCCACCAGGGUAUGACACAGGGGCCAACAGGCUCAGUGCAGGCAGAGAGGAUCCCACUGAUGAGGAGAGCAGCAGCCGUGGGGACGGCUCGAAGGAAAAACCAUCAGAAAGCCCAGAGGGUGGAGCAGCAAGAGAGGAGGACAGGAAGCAAAUCACAACAUCACCUGUUCCAGUCCGACGCAACAAGAAAGACGAAGAGCGGAGAGGGGAGUCAGGAAGAGUCAAUUUGUAUUCCCCACAGGCCUUCAAGUUCUUCAUGGAGCAACACAUAGAGAACAUCCUGAAGAACCACCAGCAGCGGAUUCACAGAAGGAAGCAACUGGAAAAUGAGAUGCAAAGGGUGGGUUUGUCUUCAGAAGCCCAGGAGCAGAUGCGUAUGAUGCUCUGUCAAAAGGAAUCUAACUACAUUCGGUUAAAACGAGCUAAGAUGGACAAGUGCAUGUUCAAACGGAUCAAGACCCUCGGCAUCGGCGCUUUUGGCGAGGUCUGCUUAGCCAGAAAAGAGGACACGGGAGCGCUGUACGCCAUGAAGACUCUCCGCAAGAAGGACGUGCUCCUGAGAAACCAGGUGGCUCACGUCAAGGCUGAGAGGGACAUUCUGGCGGAGGCCGACAAUGAGUGGGUAGUGCGUCUCUACUACUCUUUCCAAGAUAAGGACAACCUGUACUUCGUUAUGGAGUACAUCCCCGGAGGGGACAUGAUGAGCCUUCUCAUCAGACUUGGCAUCUUUAAAGAAGAGCUGGCCCAGUUUUACAUCGCAGAGCUCACCUGCGCUGUGGAAAGCGUCCACAAGAUGGGCUUCAUCCACCGAGACAUCAAGCCUGACAACAUCCUUAUAGACAGAGACGGUCACAUAAAGCUGACAGACUUUGGUCUUUGCACUGGUUUCCGCUGGACCCACGACUCAAAGUAUUACCAGAGCGGGGACCACGUGAGGCAGGACAGCAUGGACUUCAGUAAGGAAUGGGAGGAUCCAGCCAACUGCCGCUGUACAGACCGCCUGAAGCCUCUGGAAAGGAGAAAGGCCCGGCAGCACCAGCGUUGUCUGGCCCAUUCACUCGUGGGGACACCCAACUAUAUUGCACCAGAAGUGCUGCUUCGAACAGGAUACACCCAGCUCUGUGAUUGGUGGAGUGUAGGAGUGAUCUUGUAUGAAAUGGUUGUUGGACAGCCUCCCUUCUUAGCAACCACACCCCUGGAGACGCAGCUAAAGGUGAUAAACUGGAAGAGCACGCUGCACAUUCCCCCGCAGGCCAAGCUCAGCGCAGAGGCAUCGGAUCUCAUCGUUAAACUGUGCCGCGGCCCUGAGGACCGCCUCGGUAAGAACGGCGCGGAUGAAAUCAAAGCCCAUCCUUUCUUCAAAAGCAUCGACUUCUCCAGCGACCUCAGACAGCAGGUGGCACCAUACAUCCCCACCAUCGCCCACUCUACGGACACCUCCAACUUCGAUCCCGUGGACCCGGAUAAAAUGUGGAGCAGCGACGGCGAUGACGAGGACAGCCAUAACGACACGCUAAACUGUUGGUUCCGCAACGGAAAGCACCCCGAGCACGCCUUCUACGAGUUUACCUUCCGGCGCUUCUUUGACGACAACGGCCAUCCGUACAGCUGCCCCAAGCCCAUCGAGUACGAGGGCUACGAGGACGAGGCCGACUCGGUGGGCGCCGCGCAGGAGGCCGCCAGCUCCUCGGCAUUACAGGGACGAGACCUGGUCUACGUGUAGCACUCGAGGCCCGCUGACACGCUUGUACAUAAUGAGUAGACGCAGGGGGUUUUCAGUGGCAUCACAUUUGAAACAUAGGAAUUAUGUUUGUUUGGUCACAUUAACAGACUGUUUAUUUUAAAAACAAACAACAAAACCACAGUCGCAACCUAAAGGAACAAUUCAACACUUUAGGAAAUGUCAUUCUUUGAUUUCUUACCACGAGUCGGAGGAUGACAAAUAGAGAGUUACAUAGGAAGCUGGCCAUCAUUCGGUUAGCUGAGCUUAAACUCUAAAAACAGCUCUGUCCAAACUUAAAACCUGCCUGUCAGCACCACUGAGGCUCAGGAUUAACACACUGCACCCUGGUUACCUGAAGGAGGUUCUUGCUAGACACACAACUUUAUUUAUAAAGCACUGUUACACUACAACCUACAUUCACACAGUGCUCUCUCUCUCGCUCUCUCUCUAUGUACACACACACACACACACACACUUUAAGAUGCACACAGUAAACGGUCUGUGUCAUGUCCUGUUGUGUUCACGUAUAGCACGGGCUACUUCGGUGUAUUUGCACCGGUUAUGGCCACAAGCAGGAAUGCACCUCAGAGUACUGAUAGGCAUCCACACACAAAGAGAAUAGCUGCGAGGUAUCUGUCAAUAGAGCUUACAUGGUCGGAUACCAUUAAUUGAAUUGAGGGAGGUGGUAAAUGCACUAACCAGGUACAAAACCAGGUAACCAGGGACAAAACAUUAAAACCAGUCCGGUGUUGAUACAAUGCUUUUCUGUUUGGACGUUACUUUGACACGUUCACCAGAUGGUGUUAAUGUUCUGGCUGAUUGAUGUAGGUUCUUGUCAUAUUUGGGAUGCCACUCAGUUGGAAAAAAGAAGAGUGACUCGAGUCCGUCUAAGGCUUUGUUAGAUCCUAACCUAGCAACAGCUGCUUGUUUUGUAACUGGUGAAAAGAAAAUUCAAUAAAAUGAAAAGUUAGAAAACUUUUUUUUUUAAAGUUUAAAGUGCCCCAUUUUAGCUUUAGUUGACAUUAGCCAGACAUUUUUUAUGCACUGCAGCCCUAUUUUGCAGGUGCACAAAUGUGACUAAUGCCAUCAUUAAACAUCCAUACCCGACGUCAUCGAUGUUACAGAGUAAAGAUCUGUAAUUCCUGAACACCACCUCCAAUAGUCUCUUUUAAAUACUCUCAAAUUAAGGCUGAGAAUCUGCACUUUGAAUGUUUUUCUAAACCGUUAAAGUAAUAACUACAUAUCUGGACCUGAACUGUAACCCAGUGGGUUUCAGAGGUGCUGGUAGGUGGAUUUUUGUCAGAGCUGGGCCAGCUACUCCAGUAUCAUUCUCCUUCUCCUGGCAUGUUUUCCAGAAAUGCAUCCAUUUUUAAAGUGUGACAUAUGCUGCCUAAAUCUCAUAAGAGGUAUGGAAAGCAGGAAGAAGAGGAAAAUAAAAAAAUCGGGGUGCUCUCUCCCUUUUUAAAGCCUUAAUUUAUUUAAUAAGUUGUAACAUGUGAUGCUAGUGUAGAUGCUGUUUGUGCGGGAGUUUUAUUCAGUGGUUAAAAAAAUAAUACAUUUUAAUUUAUAAUUUAAUGUUUGCAGUGGGGGAUUUAGUGUUAUGACUCGUAGAAAUGUUGCAGGGAGAAAUAUUGCUCUAAUUAUUGCUGUGCCUUUUUAUUUUUGGUUAAAUAUAAAGGGGGUUAAUAAUCAAACAGGCAUAUAAUAAGUAGCAGUUGAUGAUUGAACUACAGUAGAUUUUUGUUUUUAUUUUUCUAAUUUAUAUCUAAAAUGUAUUUAUAAAUUAUGUUGUAUACAGUUGAUGUAAAUAUUUUUUUUUCUGUCCCUCCCACCCCCGCCCUCUGGGCAGGUCCUCGUUGGGGUCCACUGCUGCUGCUUUUUUUUUUUUUUUUUUUUUUUUUUUUUUUGUUAUCCAUAAACUUUAUUUUAAUGUCACUCAUAUUGGUCAACCAAAGCACUAAAUAUGUGGAUUUUCAUUUUUUGUAUAACUCACUUUUAAGGAAAAAAUCACAACACUAAGAAAAGUCAGGGUUUUUGGGUUUUUUUUUUUUUUGUUUUUUUUUUUUUUUUUUAAUUUUUAAAGCCGGAAAUGCACUUGGUCAUCUUUUGGUGAGUUUUUGUUCGACUCUUCAUCACAUAUCAGUUCCUUUUUCUUUUUUUGUGCUUUUCUCUCACUGCGUGUAGGAAAGAUCUCUGAAUGUAGUUAUCAUGGACUUACUGGUGACCACUGUUAUUCUGCACUGGUUUUGUUUUCUUUUAUGAGAGAAUUUUAUUUUUCUGUAAAUUUGUUGCUCUGGGAAAUUUAAGAACAGUGGAAACCGGGAUGAAUAAAGAAUGUAAAGAACAAAACAUGUUUUCAAGCACACAAAGCGUGAUGUAUUGUUAUCGCCAUCAAGUAGAGGAAGAUUUAAAUUCCUUCUUCUCAUAUGAAUCGGCCAGAAAGGGCAGACUUUCAUGAUUGCCAAGCGACAAAACAUAUUCAGCAAAUGGAAAAAGUAGAAAUGUAUGUAUUGUUUGACUCCCCUAUAUUAAAGUUACACUGCUACUAAAGGCAGCACUCAUGUGUUAGUCCUAACCUUGUAGAUGUUAAUCCUGAUAGGCUUAGAAACUGCAGCAUUGUGACUGAGUUUACAGAUACAGAAUUAUCAAAGCAAGGCACUAAUCAGAUCUUCAGUGAUUUGCUAAAGAGAUUUCAGCCAUGCUAACAGAUUUGAAAGAGAAGCUCCUCAGGCAUGCUCAAAUGGCUCUGUUAUCCUUUAAAUCUAAAAAAUGUAUAAAAAUGUUUUCAUUUUUCAUAAAUAGUUCUACUGUAUAAUUUAGAAUUCAGCACUGUGGAAAAAUAUAUUUAAAUAUUAAAACAUGUGACUUCUCUCAAGAUGAACACAAGUUCAAAUCACCUGAAGCAACUUUCUGCUCAAAUAUGUUUCUAGUUAUGUUUUUUUGCUGUCCCAAAAGAAAGAAAAGUGUUCAUAGAUGUUUUCAUCCCAGUGGCGACCCUACCUGAGAGCUUUCAAAAAAUACAUAUUAAAAAAGGACAGUUUUCUGACUUUGCAACCCUGAAUUUGUUGAAGUUCGUAUUUGUUGCCAUCAGAGGGCGCUUAACUGAGUUUAACAGGGAAGUGACUAAAGAAAAUGCAGCAGUAAGUCAGUUACUGUAUGCAUGUGUGUAUGGGAACAUAUGCUGAAAACAAAUGCUAUGUAAAGUAAUAAAAUAAAAAUUUAUACAUUUUUGGC